AAAAAAAAUUAUGUUUCUCGUGCCUUGGAUCAUCUCAUAUGUUAAAUGCGUGCCAGUCUAAGUCAUCGUGUCAUAUUUGUGGAAAGCGUCACCACACAAUGCUACAUUUUAAUCAAGCCAAUAAUGACUCAAUAACGUCUCCUGUACAAUCAAGUGAAACUUCAUCGGACACACCAUCUACAUCUAACACUAAUACAAAAUUCGCAGGUACAGCGCGUACCAAUACAACUGUCGUACUAGGCACCGCUCGCGUUCGCGUAAGUGACCGUUUCGGGCAAAUUCACGUCGUACGCGUAUUACUCGAUAGUGGUUCACAAGUGUCCGCUAUUACGACCGAAUGUUUUUCACGGCUCAGUUUAACACAACGAAAAUGUGCAACAAAUAUAGUCGGCUUAUCUCAAGAGUCAGUCGCUAAGGUCGAAGGUAUGACUGAUUGUCGAUUUAGUCCGCAUUUCAAUACCGGCCCAUUGUUUGUUUGUCGCGACAUGAUAAUAAUUUCGACUAUUACAUCGCCUAUGCCGUCUAUUGUAUUACCACCCGUGGUACGUGAACAAUACCGGCACUUACAAUUGGCUGACCCGUCAUUUGAUACACCGUCACAUAUAGACAUUUUAUUAGGUGGUGAUAUAUUUCCUCAAAUAGUACGUUCUCAAGGUGACGUUAUUCAUACUCUUGGUUUUCCGUCUGCAUUGGAUACUCUGCUCGGGUGGAUUAUUGUAGGUACAGUCAGUCAGCCACAACAGACAUCGCUAGUUUCGCUGUCCGUAUGCUCGUCACCAUCUAUUGAUUCUCUUAUGCAAAAAUUAUGGUCCGUUGAAGAACCCGUCGCGCCAGAACACCCGACUACUGAAAAUGAACAAUGUGAACGUUGGUUUGCUAAAACGACUACACGCGAAACCUCGGGGAGAUUUUGCGUUGCCUUACCAUUUCGUCAACAAGUACUUAUGCACAGUGAUGAUGACAUUUCACACACCACUAAUGUUUCUUAUACAUUUGGGCUUGGUGAUUCGCGGUCAAUUGCUCUUAAACGAUUAUUAAAUUUAGAACGUCGUCUUAUCAAAGAUUCGAAGCUGUAUGACGCUUAUCGUUCGUUUAUGCACGAAUAUCUAUCGCNCUCUAAGCU